CCUCGUGGCCACGGAACGAUGAAUCGCUGAUUGAUUGAAUGAAUACGUUGUUUGUCUUCCGAAGGUUAUUUUCGAAGACGCAAUUUUUUGCAAGAAAUCCAAGCCAAGGAUAUAUCUUCGGGCUAGAUAGUCGCAGAAAUAUCUUUCAGCCUCUUAGAUCGCUUGAGUGGGGUUUAGAACACUUCUCAAAGUCAAUAAUUUUUGUGGGAAUAAAAACAAUGUCUGCCGACAACGCCGAAAAUUCAACCAUUCUGGAGAAUCUACGAAAAUCCUUGAAGGAGCAGGGUGACUUGGUAAGAAAACUAAAAGCUGAAAAUGCUCCAGCACCAGACCUUGAAGUUGCCAUCAAGGAGCUUAAAGUUAGGAAAAAGGCCUUUGAGACCAAGGAAAAAGAAAUGGCACCCAAGCAAGAAAAAUUUGAGAGAUCAAAAUUGGAGGACUUGCUAAAGAGGCGAUUCUUUUUUGUCCCUUCAUUUGAAAUCUAUGGAGGUGUGGCAGGGUUGUAUGAUUAUGGACCCUCUGGUUGUGCUAUGGAAGCCAACAUGAUAAACAUUUGGAAAUCACAUUUUGUUUUGGAAGAGCAAAUGUUGGAAAUAAGAGCUUCUCUUCUGACACCUCAUUCAGUUCUUAAAACAUCAGGGCAUGUUGACAGGUUUGCUGAUUUCAUGGUGAAGGACAUCAAGACUGGGGAUUGUUACAGAGCCGAUCAUCUAUUGGAAGGACACCUUGAAAAACUGUUAGCAGAUAAAAAACUGGAGGAAGAGAAGAGACAAGAGUAUGAAAGUGUUAUUGGCCAGGUAGAUAACUAUGGGAUGAAAGAACUUGGGGAGCUUUUGAAAAAGUACAACACCAAGUCUCCAGUAACAGGGAAUGAUCUGACUGAUCCUGUGGAAUUCAAUUUGAUGUUUUCAACCUCAAUUGGUCCGAGUGGGCUCAUCCCUGGCUUCCUUAGACCAGAAACAGCUCAAGGAAUCUUUGUGAAUUUCAAACGCCUCUUGGAAGCUAAUAAUGGAAGACUACCAUUCGCCUCAGCACAGAUUGGACCUGCCUUUAGAAAUGAAAUAUCACCUCGAUCGGGUCUUCUGAGAGUAAGAGAAUUCACCCUGGCUGAAAUCGAACACUUUGUUGAUCCAAGCGACAAGAGUCAUCCCAAGUUUGAAAAUGUGAGCUCUCAAACACUGAGGUUGUUUCCAUCAGAACAUCAGAUUGAGGGAAAACCGCCACUGGAGAUCACUGUAGGAGAUGCUGUCAAUCAGAAAAUUGUUAGUUCCCAGACCAUGGGUUACUUUCUCGGCCGCGUGUUCCUCUUCUUGCUGAAGGUUGGUGCUGAUCCAAGUAAGAUCCGCUUUAGGCAGCACAUGUUCAAUGAAAUGGCGCAUUACGCUUGUGACUGCUGGGACGCUGAACUCCUCACCUCCUAUGGCUGGAUAGAAUGCGUUGGAUGUGCUGACAGGGCCUGUUAUGAUCUGUCCGUUCACACAAAAGCAACCGGCGAGAGACUGGUCGCUCAAGUUGAUUUGGAGCAAUCGGAAAUGAUUGACGUGGUGGAAAUCGUCCCAGAGAAGCCAGCAGUUGGAAAAGCGUUUAAAAAGGAAGGGAAAAUUGUCAUGGAUUAUCUGGCUCAGAUGGAUAAGGAUGCUAUCAAAGUAUUCGAGGAUAAACUUAACGAAAACGGGUAGGUAAAAAGGAAAUAAAACCACGAGGCUUCAUUCGCUAAACGUUCUUUAAUACAACCUGAUACACUAGAGUGACGGAAGCAACAGUAUGACAUGUAAGAUAAAUAGGCGAAUAUCUUACUUCCUGCCAUCAUUUCCGAGUUGUUUUUGUUUGUUUGUUUGUUUUUAUUUCAACAUAUUUAUCAUUGUUUUCCCCAAAAGCACCAAGACUUAACGAGGGGGAUUACAAUAUUACAAAUAUAAAAUCAAUUUAUUCAGGCUCACACACAAACAGACACAUAACCAACACACACAAGUUGCAAUAACAACGAAUUUAACUCACUAACCCAGGACCGUAUUAUUUAAACAAUCAAACAAUGGUCGAUGACGGUUUUUGUUCAUUUGAGUGGCAAUAUUAAGUUUAAGAUUAAGAUUUUUUGCUACAGGGUCCCUUGAAGGGUUGAGCUAAACGUUUCGUUUUUCUAAGUUUUUUGCGAGUCAUUACGAAACGAAAAAUCUGUCCGCGAAUUCAACAGGUCAUAGAAAAAACAUCUUGUCCGCUCUUACCAUUGAGCCCUUUACCCCUGAGAUUGAG